GCCACGUGAAACAAAGCCACGUGAUGCUGUUCAAUGAUGCUGUCUCACAUGAUCUCGGUUACGAGAAGGAUUAGUUGUGAUGACGCAAAACGUCAUGCCGCUGAGCGAAAUAGGAAGGACUGAGAGAAAAAUGAUGGCAACAAGAGCAGCUGCUCAGAUUCCUUCACUGCCUGGAGCCCAAGUUCAGUGGGAUGUACUGCCAGGUGAUGAUGUCAAACCUUUUACACCAGAACAAGUGAAAGAAAUUUUGAUGUCUCUUCAGAAACCUGCAGUCUUCUGCAACAUGGCAUUUGACUGGCCAGCACUUCAUUGGAACGUUACAUGUCUUGCUAAGCUACUCUCUGGAAAGAGAAUACUUUUUAGGAUAGGAAGGAAGGACAUAGACACAGCUCCUUUGUUUGAAACGGAGUGCAGUUAUGCAGAAGCUACACUUGAAGAGUUUCUGGCCUGGAGUGGAGGACAGCCAUCGUGCUCUUGUGGACCAUUCAUUGCUUACGAUUUGUGUAAAUACUGGACUUACGCUGACUACAAGUAUAUUGCUAUGCUAUUUGAAGACAAGCCAGAAAAUUUCCAGGACAUGAGAUGGUCUGAUUUUGGAUUUCCUGAAAGAAAUGGAAGAGAAAGUACUCUGUGGAUUGGCUCAGCAGGAGCUAACACUCCUUGUCAUUUGGACUCCUAUGGCUGCAACUUAGUACUACAAGUUCAAGGAAGGAAAAGGUGGCAUCUGUACCCACCUGAAGACUCCAGUUUCCUUUAUCCUACCAGAAUUCCCUAUGAAGAAUCCAGUGUCUUCAGCAGGGUUAAUGUGAUCAAUCCUGAUCUGAAAAGCUGCCCACAGUUUACUAAAGCAAAGGCCCAUGUGGUUACACUUGAACCUGGCCAGGUCCUGUUUGUUCCCAGACACUGGUGGCAUUAUGUGGAAUCCAUUGACCCCAUCACUGUUAGCAUAAAUUCAUGGAUUGAACUGGAUGCAGAUCAUGAAGCCCGUAUAGAAGAGGCAAUAACUCGAACGUUGAUAUGUGCAAUCAAAUCUGCAGAAAGCCCCAGUGCUUCAGAUUCCUGGCUCAACCCCACCGAGGUUGAAGUAACAUCCCAUGAAACCAAUCUUCAGUACAUAAAUGGAGCUGUGUCUGCGUAUUUAGAACAUCAGAAGGCAAGUAAAAUUGAACACAAGGACCAUGGAAGCCAUGGAACUAAUGAGAUUAGUCAAGGCCCAUGUAAAAGAAGGAAAGUCCAAGUGAAUGAAGAACCUGAAGACUUCAAAUCGAUAUCCUGUGAAUCUAACCUAACAGUGGUGAAAACAAAAAAACUGGAAACAAUUCCCUUUGGGCAGAAUCUUUUUCAGAUUUUACCACAAACAUGGGAAGUAAACUCAAGAGGGAUAGCUGAAAAUAACUGUAAAGAGCUUCUCAAUGAAAAUGAUGGAUGCUUUGGAAAAUUACACCAUGCAGAGAAGACACCAGAAAUUAUUAGUGAUUCUGGAACACUUGUAGAUCCAGGAUGUAGCGCCAGCUCUCCACAAGCAGUCAUUUCUACAAAUGAUUUGUUAGAUUGUGUGCUAAAUCCACAAGUCAUCAGUUUAAUGGCUCAGCUUUUGUUAGAAAGAGCAAGUGUUUAACUCCUGUGCGCUUGUUUUUUGAAAAUAAAGAAUGAAUGACAAACACA